UUCAUCAAUUCAAAUAAAAAUAAAUAUUUUUCUAAAAAAAAAAAAAAAAAGUACGUUCAAGGUGAACGUUUUCAUACAGUAAACACGAGUGGAUUUCAAAGUUGUCACCCAUUAUAUUCAAGUUUGUUACCCCCAAAAAUGUGACAAAAUCUUACCCCUAUUGUAAACAUAAUUGAGGGUUGGUACUACUGAAAUACGCGUUAUGUUGGAAAAGUGUCGAAUAUAGCAAUUUACCCUUGUGUCUUUACGCUAGUAAAUAGAAAAAUAACACAUUAAAUGCUGAUUUUGAUUCAACGAAUUCUUCCACUUAUUUAGGCGUCAUGAAUAAAACGACAUCUGAAGAGAAUGGUGAGGUGAAGAGAACAAUAAACAAACAAGAUGCUCCAACUUACAGCUAUGAAAAUAGUUUUGCUUCAUACUACCCAAACUCUACCUCGCCUUCGGUGGCUAGUCAACCACUUCCCGGGCAACCUCCUUUGCCUCCAAUGCCUCCACCACCUGGAGCACUACCUCCAUUACCUCAUGUAUUCCCAGCGAUGCCACAGGUUUCACAAAUUCAAUCUUGGGCUCAUCCACCUUGGCAAUGGAUAGCACCUCAAGCUACUGCUUUAGCUCCUCAAACACCACGUGAUAUUACGAGUACUUCUACCAGAGGAAAUUACACUCGACGAGAUAGAUUCAAUCAUAAUAGAAAUAAUGUUUAUCCCCAGAGAGGGAAUUUUCAUCGAAAAAAUAGAAGACCCAGGUUCGAUCAGCCUCAUGCUUUCGAUCCAACUGCUUAUUUUGGACAAACUUUGACUGGUGGAAUUAGUAUUGAUUGGCAGAGAACAGGGUUUCCUGCAACACAGGCUGAUGCUCUCAACCAUAUGUCUAUUGCUAUUGCUAAUCAAGCAGCUAGUGGGACCAAUGUAGAGAAACAAGAGGGUGACCAAGAUAUAAAGAUAGUUUCGGAAGUAGGAGUAAAGAAAACAAAGCAAAGGAAACCAAUGUCUCAGAAUUAUCCAAGUAGACCAUGGAAUCUUGAAGACGCUCAAAGUGCAUUAAAAGUAGAAAAUGAGUACAAUAAAACAGUUAGAGCACAGAGUUUAAUAAUAAAAUUCCCAGAUCCCGAUUUAAAUAAAGACAUUGUUCGAGAAUUUCAUUCAGGCAUUCAGAAUAUACAUUUCCAAAGUCCCAGUGGACCUCGGUAUUGUUUUAUUCAAAUGGCGGAAGAUGUUAAUAUAGACGAGGCAAUCAAAGAAUUGGAAAAAAUCCCAUUUGGCGUUGGGCAUCUUAAAGUUGAGAAGAAGUCUCUUAGGGAUGAAGACUAUCCUUCUCCAGAGGAGAUUGACCCUUAUACGUUAUAUGUUGGAAACUUGCCAGAAUCAGUGAAUGUCAAUGAAGUCAAAAGUAAAUUUCCAACUGCUAGUAGAGUGGAUGUUGGAUAUGCUCAAAAAAUGAGAAAUACUCGAUAUGCCUUUAUUCGCUACACCUCCGUAGAAGAAUCCAUAGCGGCCUAUAAGAAAGCACAUGAUUUAAUGUGGGACACCAGAAGUAUAAUAGUAAGAUUUAGACGACAAAGAGGUAACACAUGUCUUCCUGGUGAAUCAAAAAAUAAUGCCAAAAAGGUUAAAGAAGAGCCCAAUGAUGCUAAUGUUAAGAAAGAAGUCGCUGCAACAUGUAAUGGCGAUCAGAAAUCAAACCAAGAAAAUAAUAAAAAUGACGAUGAAGAGCAAAAGAUUCAAAGCAUGCCAGUCAAUAGAACAGAAAAUAGUUCGGCAUUGGCUAACGAUUCAAGGUUUAAUGUAGAAAACCCACCAACAUCAGUUAAAUCUACAGAAACGUCUCAACAACCACAACAGCAACCUUGGACUUCACCGUCACCUCAGUUACCGUCAGCCGCAGAAGGAUCUCCGGCACCGCCUAUUAAUAAUACUGAAGAGACAGUGAUGAUUACAACGAUCAAAGAAGAACCUGAAGAUUAUGAUGAAAUGGAAAUGUCUUAUAUGCCGAUGGAUGAUGAUGACGAUGACGAUGAUGAGCCAGAUGAAUUGGACGAGUCAAAUGACGAGAUUGAUGAUAAUGACAAUGAAGCUGAUGAAGGAGACGAUCAGGAGGGUUCUAUUGAUUCUAAUGUCCAAAAUCGACGGAACGAUGAAAGAAAUUCUGAUACUCCUGAUCAUCUAGAUCAGAUGUUCAAUGAACUAGAAAACAUAGUAGGAGAUAUUGAACUCUGAGCAACCUGAAUGUGAAAAAAUCGAAUGUGUGAACUGUGAAUGCAACCAUGAUUGACUUCCUAAUAAAAUGAAUGUGUAAAUAUUUUCCAUUGUAUAGGAUUAUAUAUAUAUAUAUAUAAAGUUACGACUUCGAUUUUUAUUUAAGAUUUUUUGAAUUUCUAAGAGUAUCAAGUGAUUAAACAGUGAGAACCGAUGAUUAAGAUAGUAUUAUAUUGUCAUGUAAUUUGAUCCUAUUUUGGGAUUGAAAAAAUCAAAAUCGUGAUUCAGAAUGUAUUAAUUAUACUGGCUAUCAUUAAAACUAACUUUUUUAUUUUAA